AUGGCAGACGCAACAGCAGCACCAGCAGUAGCACCAGCUAAAUCACCAAAGAAAAAGGCAGCAGCCAAGCCAAAGAAGCCUUCCGCACAUCCUAAAUACAGCGAGAUGAUUGGAAAAGCCAUCGCCGCUUUGAAAGAACGUGGAGGUUCCUCAAGGCAAGCAAUUCUGAAGUACAUCAUGGCCAACUUCAACGUCGGAAAAGAUGCCAAGUCAGUAAAUGCUCAUUUAAAACUUGCACUCAGAGCCGGAGUUAAGAACAACAGUUUGAAGCAGUCCAAGGGAACUGGAGCAUCCGGCUCUUUCAGAAUUGGAGAGGCUAAAGUGGUUAAAAAGAAGCCAGCAAAGGCAAAAAAAGCAGCCAAACCUAAGGCCGCCAAGCCUAAGAAGGCAAAGACCACACCCAAGAAAAAGAAGCCAGCAGCAAAGAAACCAGCUGGAGAGAAAAAGGCGGCCAAACCAAAACACGCGAGGUGA